AUGUCUGACGCUAACGAUAAUACGGGUUCAGAAGAAGACAAUGCACUUUCUUAUGGACAUAGAACAACACAUGAAGAAUUCCAAGAACGUUUACUGAGAGCACAAGAACAGACGAGGGACGAACAGCUUGAUGUUACUGAUGAGGCUUUUUUGACGUAUGAUGAAGAAAGCUUAAAAAAACAAUUGGUAAAAUACAAAGAACAAGUAGAACGUGUCGAAAAAAGGGUCCAAGGAAUGGAGCAACGUUUAUCUAAAAUCCGAGCCAAAAGGGAGAAGGAGGCAGGCUUAACCAACAUGACACCAGAGGAAAGAGCUGCUUAUUUUGAAGAAGAAGAAAAAAGAGCGAAAAGAGAAGCAAGGAAAAGAGAAAAACAGAGAGAGAGACUAGAAGCGAAAACUGAAUAUUUAUUACUGCUACAGAGUACACCUGCAAAUGAUACAAACGUUUUAGGAGGAGCAGAAUUCAUUGACCCAGAUUCAAAGCUUCGGCAGAGGGCGUAUGUUCAUGAUGAGGUCAUUAGACAGACAGAUUACUCAUGUAUAAAGAUCACCAGCUCUAAAAAUAUCAUAGAGAGUAAUGCUGACAAUAAUGGUGAGUGA